CCAACAACACCUUCUGUCACCAACAAAAAUCCCCAGUACUCACAACGCACACAGAGCAAUAAAAAAAUCCUUUCCAAGAAAUGGCUGCCCUCGCUUGGCUGAUCAUCGUCGUCGUCGGUCUCUCCAUGAUCACCAACGACCACGUGGCGGUGGUGGUUGCGGCGCCGGCGUCGACGGAGGCGUAUUCGUUCGCGGACCACUCCUGCGGGCUGACCCCGAUCAGCCCAUCGAGCCCAUUGGGCCAGGCGAGAAAGGGCAUCCUCAUCAGCGUGGUCAACGUCCACAACUCUCACCCGGGCGAGUUCUCGACGUGCAUCAACGUGAACGGGUUGUGGGCUCGGGCCGCCUGCCCCGACCCGACUUCGGCCUCGUGCCCGGCCUGUCUCGCCGAGGCCCAGGCCUUCUUGGACCAGAACUGCUUGUACUUCGCCAGAGGCAGGGUUCAGGAGAAUGGCAUGACGUGUAACAUGGCGUUUGGUAGUAAAAGCGUUUGUAGGUAGUGUCAGGGUCAAAAUUUUGAAAUUAGGUGUCCUUUUUUUUCAGAAUAUGAAUUGUUUUCAUUGGAGAUUCGCUUUUAGAAAUAAUAAAUUAAUGUUAUGAUA